AUGCUGUUUUAUUACAGAAUAACAGGCCUAUUGCGUAUGCAUCAAAGGCAUUUUACACCAGCUCAGAGCUCGUGGGCUCAAAUUGAGAAGGAGCUUUAUGCGAUUGUUUAUGGAUGUGAAAAAUUUCGGCAAUACAUAUUAGGACAGACGUUUAUCGUUGAAAGUGACCAUAAACCGUUGGUUUCUAUAUUUAAAAAGACAAUUGCGGAAGUACCAAUACGAUUACAAAAAAUGCGCAUGCGUUUACAACCUUUUGAUUUUGAAUUGCAAUAUAAACCUGGAACAAAGUUAGUUAUAGUAGAUACUUUGUCAAGAGCUCAUUUGAAAAAUAGCGAAGAUGACAUAGAUCCUAAUUUAUAUAUUUUAGAUGUUACGAUAGCAGGUUAUAUGAGUAAUUUAAAAAGAAGCGAAUUUGUAAGCAAAACAGCACAAGAUGCAGAGGUGCAAACUGUUAUUAAAUUAAUUAGAGAGGGUUGGCCAGAAGAAAUUAAAGAUGUUUCUAAUGAGGCAAAAGCAUAUCAUACUUAUCACAAUGAUAUGUAUGAAUAUAAUGGUUUAUUAUUUAAAAAUGAUUGUGUUGUGGUGCCAAAACAAUUACGACCAGAUAUUGUAGAUAGAUUGCAUUAUAACCAUUUAGGUAUUGAAAAAACUAAAGCGAGAGCGCGUGAAAUUGUAUUUUGGCCAGGUAUGUCGAAACAAAUUCAGGAGAAGAUUGCGAAUUGUAAAACUUGUUUAAGAUUUCAACGUAGCAAUAAUAUAGAAACGUUGAAGCCCACGGAAAUUAUGGAUGGUCUAUGGGAAAUGGUUGGAAUUGAUUUUUUUAAAUUCCAAAAUAGAAUAUAUCUAUUAAUCACUGAUUAUUUUUCGCAAUAUGUGGAUGUAAUUCACUUGAGAGAUGAAAGUGCAAUGACAACAAUUAAAGCACUUAAGUCUUGUUUUAUCAGAUGGGGAAUUCCUAAUAUUAUUAGAUCUGAUAACGGAUCACAGUUUACUAGCAGAGAAUUUAAAAACUUUGCAAAGACUUGGAAUUUUAAACAUGUUACUUCGAGUCCAAUAUACCCACGAAGUAAUGGAAUGGUUGAAAGACAAAUUCAAACAGUUAAGCGGAUAUUUAAGAAAGCGUUUUAUGAUAAGAAAGAUCCUUAUUUAGCGAUGUUAGAAUUAAUGAAUACACAAAUAACGAAUGAGAUAAAGUCGCCUAAUCAAAUAUUGUUAAGAAGAAAUGUACGAGGAGUAGUUUUUGAUUUUUUUGAUAAAAAUAAGUUAAUAUAUGAGGAGCAUAAGCAGAAAUUAAAAUCGCGACAGGUGAAUCAGAAAAGAUUUCAUGAUCGUCGUGCUAGAGAUUUACCGGAAUUACAACUUAACCAGAAUGUGAGAGUACAGAAACCGAAUGGUCAAUGGGAUCGAGCAGUUGUAAUAGAUAAAAAUAAUAAUGGUAGAGCUUACACCAUUAAAACUGAGGACGAUCGAACAUUGAUUCGGAAUAGAAUUCAUUUGUCGGGAGAUUCAGGUGAACCGUUCGAAAGCAAGGAGGAGCCUCAGUAUUAUGAUCAUCUAGCUGAGUCGCUUACAGAUUUGGGAGAGAAUCACCAAAUUCAGGAAACACCUGAUCCAUCGUCGAGUGAGAUAGUAGAUAAUAGCCAAAGAAGUGCAACACCACGGAGUUGA